AUGUCCGCCUUCGCAGAUGGGACGGCAGGCCAACGCGCUCGUGGUGGCGGAAAGCGCAACAGCGGCAGGGCUGCCGCGGCCAAGGGCGGUCCCUCGGGCAGGCAGUCGCAGGAUGCGGAUGGAGGCGACGAGGGGGAUCAUGCCGAGCCGGAAGCUCGUGGUGGCGGAAAGCGCACCGGCGGCAGGGCUGCCGCGACCAAGGGCGGUCCCUCGGACUCGCAGGAUGCGGAUGGUGGCGACGAGAAGGAUCAUGCUGAGCCGGAAGCUACUGGUGGCGGCAUACGCAACGGCGGCAGGGCUGCCGCGGCUAAGGGCGGUCCCACGGGCAGGCAGUCGGAGGAUGCAGAUGGUGGCGACGAGGGGGAUCAUGCCAAGCAGGAAGCUCGUGGUGGCGGCAUGCGCAACGGCGGUAGGGCUGCCGCGGCCAAGGCCGGUCCCUCGGGCUCACAGGAUGCGGAUGGUGGCGACGAUAAGGAUCAUGCCGAGCCGGAAGCUCGUGGUGGCAGCAUGCGCAACGGCGGCAGGGCUGCCGCGGCUAAGGGCGGUCCCUCGGGCAGGCAGACGCAGGAUGCGGAUGGUGGCGACGAGAAGGAUCAUGCCGUGCCUGCAUGCCGUGGCGUUAACGAUCAUGAUGAGGACGAGCCAGCAGCUGUGACUGAUGGGAAAGGUGGACGUGAAGCUGUGAUUCCCUACCAACGGCGCAAGGCUGUGGAUCCGGGCAGUUGCGACCAUAAGGCGAGACAAGCUCGGCGCGGCCCCAAUGUGCACGUUUUGAGCUCGUCUGGUUUCGAGGAAGAUUCGAGCGACAGUGAGUCGGGCAGCUCAUCCGGGAGUGAGGAGGUAUACGAGGAUGAGGUUGAGGAGGAGGAGGACGAGGAUGAUGAGGAGUUGGAGCCGGAGAGCGAGGAUGGGGAGGAGGCUCGGCCUUUGCAGAGGAGGAGUGUGAGGAAGCUCAAAAAGGGCAACGCUAAGCAAAAGUCGGAGAGGGGACGGGUAAAGAUCUGUAAACAGAGUGUGCGUCGUGCCAAACCACAAGGCAAGCGCCAGAGACCUCGAUUCGAAGCUAAAAUAGUGGGUGUGCGUAGCAAGGUGAAGCGGGGGUUGAAUUUUUACGAAUCAAUGGGGAGACGAUGUCCAUCAAGCUCUCAUGAACGGCAAGCCGCGGACCCGUACGCUGCGUUACGCGAUCCGAGGGGUUCGGCUGGGAAGGGAGAUCAGAUGGCUUGGGGGUCAGCGCGGUUUGGCAAAGAAGCGACGGACCCGCCCCCCAACCAUAUGGGGGGUCGCGCGGUUCAUGUGAAGAACGAGGGGGCAACGAAGCGGCACGAACCCUCGGUAGCUGCAGCAGCGAAUGACAGUCUGGGAGGUGUGUGGGCGAAUGCCUUGGGUGAAUGUGGCGGCGGUGUGGAAGGCUCCAUGUGGGAUAUACGGGAGAGCAGGGGAGAAGGGGGGGACGAGAAAAUGGAUCCAGCGACUAAGGAGGGGAGGGGAGAGAGCAUGGGCACACCUGGCGCAUCCAGUCGGCCGGAUGUGGCUGGCGGCAGGACUGUGGAGCAACUCAUGCGAGAGCUUGCCCAGCGGGAUCGCGAAAUCGCUGCACUCAAGGCAAGGCCAGGAUCAAAAGGAGCUGUCAAGCCCUGCACCCCUCCAUCUAGGCCUCCUCCUCUAGCAUCUCUGUCGAGCGGCCCAUCUAUAGGGGGCCUCGAUCCAGACGUGGCGCCAGAAAGCCCAGCGACGGUAGACGUAGCGGUCCGUCGAACGCGUGGGAUGCCCACACCCAAGCUGCUGAAGAGCCCCUGUUCAUGGUGCUGGGGGUGGUGUGGGUGUCAUGCGGCGGAGGGAAUAGAGGAAGCCGUAUCCGUCAAUCCCACGCGGCCCCCUUUCUGUCCGCCGCUCCUCCCUCCCCUCUCUAUCCCGUCCCUCUCCCUCGUCGUCCAGAGCCACUGUAAAAGAGCUCCUGUUCAUGGUGCUGGUGGUGGGGUGGGUGUCAUGUGGCGGAGUGAUCAGCCCAUGUUCAUGGUGCUGGGGGUGGUGUGGGUGUCAUGCGGCGGAGGGAUAGCUAAGCAUAUCAGUCAUCCUUUAUCUCACUCCCCGCUCUCUCCCAUCCCUCCCCUCCCUCUGCGAGAGCCCAUGUUCAUGGUGCUGGGUGUGAGCCCCUGUUCAUGGUGCUGGGGGUGGUGUGGGUGUCAUGCGGCGGAGGGAAUAGAGGAAGCCGUAUCCGUCAAUCCCACGCAGCCCCCUUUCUGUCCGCCGCUCCUCCCUCCCCUCUCUAUCCCGUCCCUCUCCCUCGUCGUCCAGAGCCACUGUAAAAGAGCUCCUGUGCAUGGUGCUGGUGGUGGGGUGGGUGUCAUGUGGCGGAGUGAUCAGCUCCUGUUCAUGGUGCUGGUGGUGGGGUGGGUGUCAUGCGGCGGAGUGAUAGCUCACCAUAGCAGCUAUCCUUCCUCUCCCUGCACCCUCUCUCCCAUCCCUCCCCCACCUCUUCCAGAGCCCAUGUUCAUGGUGCUGUUGUUGCUCUCCCCUUCCCUCCCGCCAUCCCGUUCUCUCCCUCCCUCCAUUUCUCUUCAGCCCUCCCCUUCUCUCCCGCCCUCCAUGUCUCUCCUGCCCUCCCCCUCUCCCCUGCCCUCCCCUUCUCUCCCGCCCUUCCCUGCUCUACUGCCCUCCAGCCAACCCUCCAUUCAUUCUAUACCGCCCUCCACUUCGUCCAUACCCUUUGGACAACCCCUAACCAUGUCGUGCAUGAUCUUCGUCCCCGCCUUGUCCUGCGUGCGCGCAGGAGGGAAUCAGCGGAUUGACCACGGCUUGGCAAAGGUUAAGAAGACCGACUGGAACGUCUCAAACUCCCACCGCAAGAACACCGAGUGGAUGACGGGUUUGCACCAAAAUGUGCGGUGGAUUAUCAAGGACCACUUCACACGCCACACCCCCGUGUACAACACAGUCGUGCAGGGCUUCAAGUGGGGCGACCGUGGCCUGUAUGUUCACGAGUCAGGAUUUGAGGCGUUCAAGGGGAAGGCCGUGCCUGACGAGGAGAAGAAGGACUUGAAGGAGGAAGAGCAGGAGGUGUACGACGCGGAGGACUUGAAGACGGAUGACGAGGAGGAUGACGAGGAUCAGGAGGAGGAGGAGGAGGAGGAGGAGGAGGAGGAGGAGGAGGAGGAGGAGGAGGAGGAGGAGGAGGAGGAGGAUGAGGAGGAGGAGGAGGAGGAACAACAGCUAGGGGGGCAGCACGCCAGGCAAGAAAGUAGAGUCAGCAUGGGGAGUAGCACGGGCGGCAAAAGCGUGGAGUCAGCAAGGGGGGCAGCAGUAGAGACAAUGUGA